AUGUCCGACUCGGGCACUCAAGGUACUUCCUGGGACCGAUAUCGCUCCAACAAUCUCACCGGCGUCGAACCUGAAGGCCGCUCGGCAGAGACAUGGAACACUGCAGAAGACACCUUCAUGGCGGCUACUUCUGGGACAGGGUCGGCUUCUACAGUCAAUGCUAGCGCGGUUGGCGAUGCCUCUAUCACGCAGAAGAUGGUCUCGGCGACCUGUGGUAGCAUCUUGACCGGACUCUUAGUGACCCCCCUAGAUGUUGUUCGCGUUCGGUUACAAUCCCAGUCUCCUAUCAAAAACACUUCCCCGUUCCGAUCUCACACGACGUCCGCCUUGAAAAAUGCCCCUCCCAACCUUGGGGUCACUGCUUGCUGCCGUGAAGUGUUUUGGAUAGGGCAAAACUCACAAAUAUGCAUGGUUGGACCGAGCGGCCAUGCCUUAGGGACGCAGUCAAUCGCAGAUUGUGCAGUGGAAGAGACGCAACGAAAGACCUUCACGUCCACUCUGGACGGUUUACGGAAGAUCGCUCGAAAUGAGGGAUUCUUGACCCUCUGGCGGGGACUCAGCCCGACACUUAUGAUGGGAAUACCGGGAAAUGUUAUCUAUUUUGCGGGGUACGACUGGUUGCGCACAGAUGAGAGGAGCCCGAUUAGGCGCGUUAUUCCCAAUGGAUAUGUUCCCUUCGUUUCAGGGGCAGUUGCGAGAAUAGCGGCAGCUACGGCUAUUAGUCCGAUUGAGAUGUUCCGAACACGCUUGCAGGCGACACCUGGUACUGGAGCAGGGCAUUUUAAAGCCACUCUCGAGGGUCUGCAUCAAAUGACCCAAGCGACAGGGUACGGCUCCCUUUGGCGGGGGCUGACCCUUACUAUGUGGCGGGACGUACCAUUUUCUGGUCUUUACUGGUGGGGUUAUGAAGAGGUGAAGAAAUACAUUAUAGAGACGCGGAAAAAGGCGCGGGAGCACAUAGUGCCGCAUAACUUGGCGUCAUCACCACACUCGGCGACCCACGAGGUGGAGGGCAAUACCUUUUUGGAUAGCUUUGUUGCAGGGUCCGUGUCGGGCGCAUUGGCCGCGCUUGUGACGACCCCAUUCGACGUUGGAAAGACACGCCAGCAAGUGUACCGCCAUAUGGGAGAUGAGGUACCGAGUACCAUUGCCGGCAGUGUUACAAAGGGAUCUCUUCAACCAGAACAGCUUCCACUGCCGAAGUUUCUCCUGAAUAUAUUCCGUGAAGAAGGUACGGCAGGCCUUUUCCGUGGCUGGGUGGCUCGUUGUCUGAAAGUGGCACCAGCUUGUGCCAUCAUGAUCUCAACAUAUGAGGUUGGCAAGAAGCUUGCCCGAGAUGUCAACGAGCGACGUCAGACCUCAUUGGAUGGAACUGACUCCGACACCGUUUGA